AUGGAUCCUGUCACGGCCAUCGGGCUGGUGUCGGGCAUCCUGACAUUUGUACCAUUUGGCACCAAGCUUGUCAAGGGAACCAUUAAGAUUCGGGAAGCGCUCGAUGGCACACUGGACGAAAAUCGCACCCGUCAAGAGGUGGCCCAGGAGAUGAAACGGCUUUCCGCUCGACUCUUACCGCCGGACGAUACCAAGCUCGUCGCCGAAGAAAAGAGUCUUUGCCUUCUCGCCAAAGAAUGCUCGUCGAUUCCGACAACAGCCGAUCCAUAA